GCUGAGCGCAACAGUAGCCGCCGUGACUGGAGAUCUGAGAGAGCAACCGCCGCGAAUGACAGCAUCGCAGCGUCCAUUUGAGGCGAUAAACACAUGUUUGACCGUUUUAUUUCUGUCGAGGGCUAAGAAUGUGUGUAAAGCUGACGGUUCAGCCACAAGCCAGGAAUGAAGACGCGUCAGACGCCUCUACUCACUGACUGGGCACCGCGUAUCGAAGACGAACCCGAGCUUCGGCCGUUUGGACAGACCCGACAACAACCGAAUAUAUCCAAGACAGCCGCUUCGGUAUCUCUUUAUACCUGUGGGACUCCGUUUUGCUGCUAAAUCCAUUUAUUAACACACAUUUUUAUUGGGCUGUACUGACAGGCACGUUUCUCAGUGUGUCAGUCGAGUGCGCUUGAUGCUUGCAUGCAAAGCUUGAUGGAACUUGCCAGGUAAACACAGUUUUACCUAAUUCUUGUAUCGAUUGUUGUUUACUUUUGCAUUAUGUAGCUAUAAUAGUAUACUCGGACAUUCGUAACAGGCGUUUUUAUGAGCGAUAUCUAAAGCAAUCUAAAAUGUUGUCUUAAACUAAUAAUGGUAGAGGCUUAUAGAGAUUGUACGGGCUGGAUGGCGUUCCACAUCCGCGCGCUGUCAUCCCCACACCGGGUAAAGUGAACGGCACGCCGGGGAAGAGAGGCUUUAAAAUCUGUUCACGUCAGACUGCACUAAAACAUACAGGAUAAACGAUGUCUAAAACACUGAAGAGGAAGAAACACUGGUCUACCAAAGUACAGGAGUGCGCUGUGUCGUGGGGAAGCGUUGGGGAGUUCGGUGAUGUUGUGGAGAUCCUCGGAGGCGCCGAGCUCGGGGAGUUCCCGUUUCUCGGUCAAAUGAACUUAGACGUGUUGGUGUGUCACGUCGGGAGACUACCGUACUACGGGGAUGUGUUACUGGAAGUGAACGGGACACCUGUCAGCGGGCUGACGAACCGAGACACUCACGCCGUGAUCCGCCACUUCCGAGAGCCGAUCCGAAUCAAGACCGUCAAACCAGGUAAAGUGCUGAAUGCUGAUUUGAGGCAUUAUCUUAGCCUGCAGUUCCAAAAAGGAUCAAUCGACCACAAACUGCAGCAAGUGAUCCGAGACAACCUGUACCUGCGCACCAUCCCAUGUACCACCCGGCUGCCCAGAGAUGGGGAGGUUCCAGGAGUGGACUAUAAUUUCAUCAGCGUGGGGGAUUUUCGCAUCCUGGAAGAGAGUGGAUUACUACUGGAGAGCGGAACAUAUGAUGGUAACUUCUAUGGCACUCCUAAACCUCCUGCGGAGCCCAACUUGAUUCAGCCUGACCUGGUCGACCAAGUUUUAUUUGAGGAGGAUUAUGGCACCGAAGUCCAACGAAAGCGAACGACCUCUGUCAGCAAGAUGGACCGCAAGGACAGUGUGGUCCCCGAGGAGGAAGAGGAUGAGGAACGGCCACAGCUCCCAAAUGGCAUCCCAGAGAGGACAGAGGAGUGGAGGAAAGCUGUGCCCAGUUACACUCAGUCCAGUGGUGAAGGCAGAGCAGGUGGCAGUGGGACACUAGAAGUCCACACCUGGAGCUCUUUAGCCAGAGAUGAAAGCCUGGAGCCACUGCCGUACAACUGGGAAAUGGCCUACACAGAGACGGGCAUGGUCUACUUCAUAGACCACAACACAAAGUCGACUACAUGGUUGGACCCGCGUCUGGUCAAAAAAGCCAAGCCCCCUGAAAAGUGUGAGGAUGGAGAACUUCCAUAUGGUUGGGAGGAGAUUGAUGACCCGCAGUACGGCACAUACUAUGUUGAUCACAUAAAUCAGAGAACCCAGUUCGAGAAUCCAGUUUUAGAGGCCAAGAGAAAACUCGGUUUGGACACUGCAGUCGCAAUUCAGACCCAACAGAGGGCAGCACCUCCUCCAGGUGGAGCGGCUGGUACGCCCGGAUUCACACGGGACCCAACCCAGCUGAAGGGGGAGCUGUAUCACACGGCUCUCAGGAAGAGCCAGCAGGGCUUUGGUUUCACCAUCAUUGGUGGAGACCGACCUGAUGAGUUCCUGCAGGUGAAGAACGUUCUUGCUGAUGGCCCGGCCGCACAGGACAAAAAGAUGGCCUCUGGUGAUGUUAUUGUGGAAAUCAACGGCACACUUGUCUUAGGCAAGACUCAUGCAGAUGUGGUCCACAUGUUCCAGUGCAUCCCAAUCAAUCAGUAUGUGGACAUGGUCCUCUGUCACGGAUACUCGCUCCCCCCUGACGUGGACGCUGACAGCGAGGACCUUCCACCUCCACCUCCACCCCCGACCGGAGAGAUCGUAACCGCCGUACCCCUCAUCAACGGCCAGCCACUGCUGGUCAAAGGUGACGCCCUUCACGGCUCCUCCCAAGAGCUUCACUACGUAACCACAGAUGCCAGUGGGCGGCCAGUGAUCGCUGCACUUCCAGGAGGCAGCAGGGGUGCCAAUGACAGGCCCGAGACUGGGAUGCUACAGCCGGAGCUGGUGAGCGUGCCAAUCGUGAAGGGACCUGGAGGAUUUGGCUUUGCCAUUGCAGAUUGUCCGCUAGGGCAGAAGGUGAAAAUGAUCCUGGAUGAGCAGUGGUGCCGAGGCCUGCUGAAAGGAGAUGUGAUAAAGGAGAUUAACAGGCAGAAUGUGCAAACACUGAGCCACACGCAGGUGGUGGAUAUACUGAAAGACCUCCCUGUGCACAGCGAGGUGAAUCUGUUGGUGUUGAGAGGAGGUCAGACAUCGCCCGUGAAGAGUUUAAGACCUAGAACGGGACUGAGUGCCAGCACUGAGACUCUGGACCGUUGCCAUGACACCAUGGUUCCCCAGGCCUUGACCUAUCAUUCAAAGACACUGCCAUGUAGCUCUCCAAAACAGGACGCUUCGCUCCACUGCAGAAAACCCAAAGCCUUGCAGGAAAGCAUAGUGCCUCACUAUAAAGAGUUGGACGUGUUCAUCAAGAGAGAACAGGAGACAGGCUUUGGCUUUCGUGUGCUUGGAGGAGAAGGCACUGAACACCCAGUCUACAUUGGUGCCAUCAUUCCCCAGGGGGCGGCAGAGAAGGAAGGCCGGCUGAGGGCUGGAGAUGAGCUAGUUGGCAUCGAUGGCAUCAUUGUAAAGGGGAAAUCUCACAAGCAAGUUCUGGAUCUGAUGACUAAUGCAGCACGCAAUGGACAAGUGCUGCUUUCAGUGCGCAGGAAGGUCGUUUUCAAAGAUGCCCUGGAGGAUGCUGGGAGUGAAGCGCUGACCCUUGUUAAUGGCUCACCUCGGCUUCCACGUAUCCAGGUGCCAAGCGUCAAGGACCAGGGGUCGUUUGACAUCACGCUCCAUCGUAAAGAUAAUGAGGGCUUUGGCUUUGUCAUUCUCACAUCGAAGAGCAAACCGCCACCUGGAGUGAUUCCUCAUAAGAUCGGUCGAAUAAUCGAGGGCAGUCCGACUGACCGCUGUGGAUUGCUGAAUGUGGGUGACCGGAUAUCCGCUGUGAACAGCCAGUCCAUUGUGGAGCUCUCCCACAAUGAUAUUGUUCAGCUUAUCAAAGACGCAGGGAGCUCUGUCACACUCACCGUGGUUCCUGAGGACGAGUACAAAGGCCCCCCAUCAGGAGCCAGUUCAGCCAAACAAAGUCCCGCACCGCAGCACAAGAUUCUCCAAUCCAUUCAGGAUGAGAGAUAUAAUUUGGAUAUGGAUGAGAUCAGGGAUGAGCUGGCACGGAUGGAGUAUAAAGCUCUUCCCAUGAGUGAACAGGGAACGCUGUGUGUCGCCAACUCCAAACAGGGCUGUAUUCCAGUAGAGUUGGAGCGUGGACCUCGUGGUUUUGGCUUCAGUCUGAGAGGAGGAACGGAGUAUAAUAUGGGCCUCUACAUCCUGCGGCUGGCUGAGGAUGGCCCCGCUCUACAGGACGGCAGGAUACACGUCGGAGAUCAGGUAGUGGAGAUCAAUGGAGAGCAGACGCAAGGCAUCAGUCACACUAGAGCCAUUGAGCUGAUCCAAGCUGGAGGAAACAGAGUGCUACUCUUACUGCGACCGCAAGCGCUCUUACCAGAGAACAGUUCUGCUGGAAAUGUUAUCCUUCCUGAUCCGUCGAGAUCCAACACUUCCAACAUUCCUCUCAGUGCUCCUCUCCUUCAUCCGUCAUCCACCUCAGGGAAGAAGGAGACUUCAGACCUGACAAGCUCCUUUGCCCGUUCUCGCCGCUCCUUGGAUCUGGCCUGUGAGGAUCCUCGCUUUAAAGAUGGCAAGAGGGAGAAACGUGCCAAACCGCAAAACACCAACUCUUCCAGAGUCCCGCAGCAACGGCGCAUCAAGAGUCGGUCCGCAGAGAAUCUCCUUGAUCUCGGAGAUACAGAGAAAUCCAAAAGCCCAUCCAAAGCCAAAGACAAAGCUCACAGCCACAAAGAAAAUCUACAGCAAAGCGCUCGAGACUCACACAGGAACAGAAAGACCAUCCAACACAGUCGCUCAGUCAGUCCCCAGAAGUCAAAGCGUGAAGGACCGGAAGUGGUAACUGGCGAAGCGCAGGGACGGAAAGAGGACCUCCACGUGAAAGGGAUGCCAAGCGUGGACCAGAGACAAAGUGAUGCUGAAAGGAGGAAAAAACAGGAAUCUAGAGGAAGAAAGCGCAAUGAGAACCGAGAAGGAGAGGAGAGGUGGAAGGCUGAGAGAAAAGUAAGAAGCAAAGGAGCGGAUGAAGCAGCUGAUCCAAAAGGAGAAACUGAGCUCAAAAGCACCCAAAAGAAGAAAAAACAGAGAGAUAGAGACAUCCGAAAUGAAAACACCCACAUAGAGGAGACAAGAGAGGGAGACAAGAAGAGCAAACACACAAAGGAUAAGGGAGAUCAAAAGGAAGAAAACAGGAAGGAAAUGAUUAAAGACAAGACUGAAAGAAAAGGAAAUGAGAGUACAGACAGGAACGACGACAUUGUCACCACAGAUGCAGCUCCAGGCACCACCAGGGCGAGUCUAGUCCUUGACCACCCUGGACCCUUGAGCGACGGCCUCUGGAAGAUCCCUAGUUUUGCUCGUAUCCUCACGCAUGAGGAAGCAAUGCGAGAUGAUUGUGAAUAGUUUGGCGAUCCUUGGGAAUAGAAGGUUUAAAACCAGAAACGUGCAACUACGUGAAUGUAAACGCUUUAAGCUAAGAUUUAACACAGUUCAUCAUGGAUUGCAAGUACGCUACAUUAUCAGCAUUUCAGCACUAUCAUGGGAAUUAGCACAAAUUAAUUAGAUGAGCAAGUUAAUUAAACUGUUGAGAUGUUUAUAGCUAGCUAGCUACCUAACAUUCAGUGCAUAGGCAAAUCAUUCAGAAGUACUUUCCAAGAGGAUGUUUUUGGACUUCCACCUCGUUUUUCUCCCAACAAGUCGCUGACCAGGCUUACGCCUGCUCCGCUUCAGAGCGCAUCAUGUGAACCAUAUUAAUGUCCUUUUCUUUGGACAGUGGUCAGCAUGAGCUUUUUAUUCCAAUUAUUCAAAAAUGUUUGUAAUAAGCAGUCUCAUAAACAGACUAAUUCGACAUGUUUCAUCUAAACUGCUUUAUGGAGAUCUUAUGGAGCUUAAUCGUCUUGGACAGGCAAUUUCUGAAGCUUUGUGGUCAAAUGCAUGGAGCUCCAUUUUGUCCGGACAGACUCGUUUAAACUUGCUUUAUGCCAGCUGACAUUAAACAACAUGAGGACUCUCUCGACAUCACAAUGCAAUCCUUCCUUAUGCAACUUAAGGGAUCAUGCCCCACCAAUCACCAAAACGACAAUGAAAGUUUUUGUUUCUAUUAUAAAGGCACGUUCUUACCCCAAAGAAUCAUUUUUUCCCGCGCAUGCAAAGUAGAACACACAAACUCCUUGUUUUGUUGCAUGCCUUUUAGACCCAUGCAGUUUGACUCUAAUGUUUUCGAAUGGUGUAAAUAAGGACUGUCUUGAAGAUUGGGGGCUUUACCAGGGAGUUUUCAGACUGUUCUCUCACAUUCCCAUGUCUUUGAUUCCCUGAUCUCCAAAUAUUAUAAAUGCAAAUGACCAGAAACUUGUGCUUUAUUUCUACCAAGAACAUGAUCAAAUGUUUAUUUAUUGAAAUAUGUAUAUGAAUAGAUAACAUGUUGCUCUAACAGAUUGUGACAGUGAUUUCGGUGUAGAGAUCCAGGCUCUUGCUAAGCACCGUGGUAGGUUUACCUUGUAGCAACCGUUUUGUCACAAAACAAGUGAUACAUGUAAAUGUAUUUUUUAAAUAUUCUAUGAAAUCAGAUUUAAUAUGGUAAAUAUUUAUUUUAUUUUUCCUGGACAUGCAUGUCCAGUCUACUCCAGACAAAGGCAAGCAGUGCAAACAAUUCAGCCUCUCAGUUAUGAGGCUAGACUGUACUCUACAGCAGUCAAGCUUCGAUUUAUGACCAUAAGAAGCCAAUGCACAUGGAUGCACAUCAUGAAGGUUGUCAAGGGGUCAUAUUUGAUCUCAGAUUUAAAAUAUAAUAUUUAGCAUUAAAGUUCACCCAAAAAUGAAUAUUUUUACUCACCUUCAGCCAGGCCAUUCAGAAUGAAUGGGUGCCAUCAUAAUGAGACUCCAGACAGCCGAUUAAGACAUAAUAAUCCACAAGUAAUCCAAAUGGUUUAACUACAUCAAUUAUUGUCUUGUGAAGCAAAAAGCUGCGUGUUUGUAAUAAACAAAUCCAUCAUAAAGGCAUUUUAAUUUAAAACCGUCACUUCUGGACAAAAUACUGACAUAUUUGUUUCUGAUGGUUUUGGCUUGAAAACUGUGCUUGAUCUUUGAAUCUUUCUCUUCUGAUAUACUCAAGACAACUUUUUCACUGGAGACAACAAUAUCAUGCAUCGAGGACUUGUAUUUUAACCAGAAGUGGCAGUUUGAAGUUAAAACAUCUUAAUGAUGGAUUUGUUUCUUACAAACACAGCUUUCACUGUACGUUGAUGAACUGAAGUCAUGUGGAUUACUUGUGGAUUAUUGUGAUGUUUUCAUCAGCUGUUUGGACUCUCAUUCUGACGGCACCCAUUCACUGCAAAGGAUCUAUUGGUGAGCAAGUGAUGUAAUGCUAAAUUUGUCCAAAUCUGUUCUGAUGAAACAAACCCGUGCCUGGGGGGGUACAUCUUUAGCAAAUUUUCAUUUUUAGGUGGACUGUUCCUUUAAGAGAAUAAGGUCUGAUUUAUUAUUAUUAAUUUUAAUAUUAUGACAUUAUUGUUAUUGACAUUUAAGCGCAUUUACUCUUCAAACUCACAUUACUGUAACUUAAAUAUAUAAAAUAUAUAAAUAUAUAAAAAACAAUCUACAUCAUGGUACUUUUUAACUUAUUAUGUAUUAAAAUACGUAACUUAAACGUAUUAAAAUAAUAUAUUUAAUAUUAAAAUAAAUGUAUAUUUUAUAUUGCAUUAUUAUAAUGAGAAUAUAAUAAAUAUAACUGCAGUAAAUGGGGGGGGGGACAUGUGCUUAAAUUCAUGCAACAAAUCAUAAAAAUCCUAAGAAUAGACUUAAUUAGGCUUCAUUGUCCUUAUGCAAAUUUUUUAUUUUGGAGGUGAAAUAUGAUCCAGACAAGUUUCUGUGAGAUUCACCCUAAUGUGCAAAGAUUUGCUGUCUUUAAAUACACACAACAAAGCAGGGAAAAAUGAUCCCUCCUAAGAACAGGAAUGUUGCGGGGUAUAAUGUCUCUUAUCACACCAUCUAUUUGAUUCGUUCAAUGCCUGCUUGCAUCACAUGGUCAGCUGUGGGAGGUUUCUGAAAGGGCUUAUUUACUGGGGUUUUGAGGUCUGAAAUGUGGCCAAAAUAAACGUGUAAGGUGUGAAUUCAUAGGAAGUAAUAUAAUCUAUAAAUACCAAAGGACUGGCGGCCAUCCCAUAUGCUGUGUGAAGUGAUUAUGACCUCAGGGUUUGGAUAUGUAACUAACAGCUGUGACACAGCUUUGAUAUAAAUGAUGAGAACGCAAACUAAUCACAAAAACAAGAUUAUUGUUUACCAUAAGUUGUGGCGGUGUUACAUUGUGUUUUGUCUUCGAAAACUGUUUAAAUUCGACAAAAUGUGAAGAAAUGUUAGCAUCUGCUGUACAUACGUAACUCAUCUUCAUUGUUCAUAUUUAAAAGUGAGGCCUAGAAUCACCUCAUAUUAGACUAAAUACAUAUGGGCUUACUAUAACGUGGUCUGAUCGAUGUAAAUGUUUAAAUAGUGUACAGCACCUUUAUAAAAAAUAGCUGAGUGGCCUCUCAGAAGAAGGAAUAAAAAUAUGUAUAUUUGUUCUGUUAUUUUUCUAAGUAAUUAUUUAAGUAUGGCGGGGAAAUAUUAACAGUCAGAGCACAGAAAAUAAAAUAAUGUCCUGCUGUUCUGGUCAUGUAAUGUUUUAUGCAAAAUCAAAUAAAAUCUAUGUAAAAUAAAAUGAUCUUUUAAUGAUAA